GUCGUAACAUUUGAACGUUGAACGACGCGAAACAACGAGGACAACUGGACUCGAUACUCUUAUUAUUAUACUCGAUCGAAUACGUUUUAUUAGUUGAUAUUUUAGUCGAAAAUAUUCGUUUUAUACGAUCAGUUUAUCGUAUCGGUCGAAAAGUUUCAUUCGAAGUAAUAAGUCGCGAGGAAGAAUUAAAUUCGUCGUGUUAUCGAUAAAGUUGCAGAUGUCAGGCUGACGAGCGUAGUACGGCGGCGAAUGUUUCAGUCUUUCGAAGUUAACAAUGCUGUGAGGAAGCACAUUUUCGUUUUUCUCUCCGUUCUCGUUCUCGUUUCAAUUUCGGUGUUUUUCUAUUCGAUUAUUAAUUGUCUGCUAGUCGAUAGGUGAUCAUGCCCGUUGCCUCGAAGCGAUUCCUCGAAUGUUUUCUUCCUCGGAAUUAGGUAAGUAAAUAAAAAGUAUUUGCAUCUAAUACGAACCAUGGUAACCAAACGAUCAACUAUCGCCAUUGCUCGAAAAUUUUAUUUACGCGACGGUUAAAACGUAUGUUAACGAUUAUAACGUAUGUAUGUACGUACGCGUGUACAAUAUAUACGCGGCUAGUGUUGUUGCCGCGUAUAAUAAAUAAAAAUAAAUUUCGUGAAUAUAACGUUAUCGAGUCUAAACGAAAAUAAUUUCGGAUAGUAUACCGUUUAAAAAUCGUGUGAAAAAAUCUACGUAUACGGAGAGAGACUUUAAUAUUUAAACUUUCAAAUUACUAGAUAUUUAUAUAAUUUUGCAUAAUUAUGUAUUUUAUCUUAUAAAAACGGUCCGUGCGAAUACAUCGGCGAACAUAGUAAUCUUCUAUAGGGAAAAUGGCGUUGCAGGAAAAAAAUGUUUCUCCGCCCUUUCGGUUUCGAAUUUAGAACUUUAAAACUCGAGAAACCGAGAAUUUGCAUAUUUUCCUCUUUGCUCAUUGCGAGAAUUGGCUAAUUCUUAAAUUCAACUAUUUCGACAUUUUCGAAAGUCGGACACAUUUCGAGCGGUGGAAUUUUGAUAUUUAGCCUUGUGGAAAUUUGAAUAUUAGAAAAUUUCGAAAUAUAGAAAUUUCACGAUUCGGAUAUUUUAGAAUUGAAUAAUUUCGUUAGAAGAGAUGCUUCGUCUUGAUUAAAAAAAAAGCCUACGUUGCACCUAAAUGUGUAGCAAAAGUCCCAACUGCAAGAUUGACGGAAUGAAAAUUUAAAAUCAAGAAAAUUAGCGCCCUGUACGGCGCGUACGACCGCCAUCUUGUAAAAGUGUCUGUAGUGUUUGGAGGUUUGGCAAGAAGGAACAGCAGCUUCGCCGGAGGCUGGAAGUCCUUUUGAAGUGGUUGCAACGGUCCUUGGCAGUCCCUGGCCACCCAGGUGACCUCGUGCGAGGCCAGGGUACCUUCAAGCUGCUAGGACAACUUGGUAGCGAGAAAACUCAUUCACACGCCCGACUCUCGUGAAGAUGAGUUCAGCAUCAACGGGUGGAACCGAGGGGUCUAGUCCAGCCUCUAGCCCUGCCUCAGCUACGAGUCUGACCAUGGCUGCUCCAAAGUACGGUACUUUAGUACCAAAUCGCAUCUUUGUAGGCGGUAUUUCAGCUAAUACCAGCGUAGAAGAACUUGCUCAACUUUUUUCCACUUACGGCAAUGUGAAGGCGACAAAAAUAAUUUCCGAUCGUGCAGGCGUUUCGAAAGGUUAUGGAUUUGUUACGUUUGAAACGGAAGAAGAAGCGAAAAGACUUCAACAGGAGUCUGAAUGCAUUGUGUUAAGGGAAAGAAAAUUAAACAUAGCGCCCGCGAUUAAAAAGCAACCUUUUAAUAGAUCUUUCGAUGGUGGUUCUGGAUCACCACCUUCUGUGCCUACUAGUAGUUACUAUUUUGCGAACGGUAUGGGUCUUACAUACCAAAAUGGGAUGACGUUUUACAAUACGACGGCGCCAACACCCACAACACCGAUCGCUCCGCCAACCGAUCCAGCAACAAUCUAUCAAGCUACAGGGGUUUUCGGGCCGCAAGCUGCUGGUCAUCAAACUUAUGCGCCUGUGAUGUAUCCGUGUCCUGCUCCAUCCCUCUACAUGCCACAACAAUACCAUCAAUAUUCACCUAUGCCGUACGAGACGUAUUAUCCGGGAGCAACAGCCGCAGCCGCAGGAACUUCUUCGUACUUGUUUGCAACCAGUAACUCGCAGAGCAAUACUAGCGGCGGUAACAGCAAUUCAGGAAGUGGCAAUAACGGUACAGGGGCUACUAGUCCACCAACAGGCCCUCCACCGCCACUUCCGUCCUUGCCUCCACCACCAUCGACGCAUUUCUACACUCCUGCAGCUCCGCCACCGCAUCAUCAUCCACCGGUGCCUGCAGGUCCUCCUCCUCCUCAUCAGAUGGAUCACAUUUACUAUCCUUAUCCGACCGGACCGCAUCCACCGCCACCACCGCAUGCACCUAUGGGGUUGACCGAUCAACAGUUAAUGGUUUACAAUACGGAGCCCCAGUGUCAACAGACGUCUUCGUCCGAUGGUCAAAACGCUCCACAAGAGGAUUCUCGUUCGACAUCGAGCCACUCGGAGCAACCACACGGUGAAACACAGGCUGCUUCAGGCUCGGCCGCACCCCUGGUGUCCUUAAUGCCCGUGAAAUUUCCUAUGUCUGGUCGUUACACGAAUUAUCACCCGAUCGCGAUACACACAGCUAACUUGUACAGUUCCCAGACAUGCUUGAACGAUACGGACGAUUGCAGCGGCAAUCAGAUGCAUUGUAGGGCUAUCGUCUAUCAUCCAGCGGCCGUAUACAUUCCUCACGCGCAUACACCUACGUUUCACAACGCUUCCGGUGGUAGCAGUUUGUUGCCGACACCGGCCGCCACGGUGUCCCAGCAAAUGUUCGAUUCGGCCAACAAGAGUCAAUGCUUCGGUUCGAGAGAGUACACGAAAUCGGGAUCGGUGAACGGGCAAACAAAUUAUUCGAAGUCUCAGAACCAUGGGAUCGCGUUGUCGUCUCAUCAGGGCCCGUUCGUUAGAGCUCAAAACGUAGGAAACGUUCAAUCGUACAAGCACAGUAACGUAGACGGGAAUUACAAGUACUCACCGGCGAUGGCCUCGCGAUUCUCCAUGCCGUACAAUAAAAAAACACUGACUGGCUCGAGCGUGGGCUCUCCGGCUUGCUUUCUAGCACAAAAGUCUGAAAACUACGGUACUGCUCAAGGCGCUCAGAAGCCCGGUAGUUACGCGUUGAACGCGACCGGUCAAUCGUACAACUGUUCGAGCUCGCAGAAGACGUUGAACGCGAGCCAGAGCUUCGAUUACGCGAACGCUGCCCGUAGGAAUAACUCGAGGAGUAGCUGUAACGUGGACGGGUAUUUGCGUAAACACGCGGCUAACAGCUAUCGAAACAACGGCUCCGUAGGACAUACCGAGGGUAACGGUUCUAACAAUCAGUCGUCUAACGAUAAUUACGCGAGCAACGUCGAUUGCGAGAGUAACGGUUCGCAGAGUGUACAGGCGACGGAGAGCAGUAAUUCGGAUAAGCCGGUGAGCCCACCGCCGCCACCUUAUUCGCCCAUGACACGACCGCUUCCAACUUUGUCACCGCCCAACUCCCAGGUCCAGUUCUUUGCUCCGGCUCAAAACCGUUACCAGCCAUCCUUAGCCCCGUCCCAACAUCAGCAACAACAACAGUCGAGCAGUGCCAACCAACGUCGGUACACCAUCGCUCCAGCGUUGUCAGCGACCAGGAAACCAUCCACGGAGAAGUACGCUUCGAGCUCCGGCUCCCAAACGGCGAUGCUGCGACAGAGCAAGUACAAGGUGAACGGGAUCAUGCAGACCGGGAACAAAAUGCCCGACGACAGUCUCGGAGGAGCCGGCGACGCUCCUCCGGGUGUUGGCAGAAUGCCUAUCACUCCGCCGGGAACACCUCGGACUCAUCCGGGUCAUCCUGCUGGCGAUCAAAAUCAACUGAGCGACACGUGCCAUCAGAUGCAAGCUCUGAGCCUUUGAACUCGAUCCUCGAAUUCGACUUUUCUUUCUUUUUCUUUUUCUUUUCCUCUUUCUCUUUAUCUUUAUCUUUUCUUUUUUUUUUCUUUCUUUAUUUCUUUCUCUCUCUCUCUCUCUCUCUCUCUCUAAUCUCUCUCUGUUUACCAAUUCUUUUUCUUUUGGUUCUAUCCGUGUAAACACGAUGUGCGUAGAUAGUAAAUAAGAGACGAUUAAUCGAUUUCGAGGCCGUAUAUUGUAACGUCGAUUCACGGACGAUCUGCAUAUUUGAUUGAAACUACAUGUAAAACAGACACGAAGGUGAACGAAUACGAUUCUUUUUCUCUUGUGAUCUCAAUUCCAAAUCGAAUAGACAGAAAAAAAAACUAUAACAAAAGCUAGACAAAAUCGAUAAUUAUAUUUAAAUGAAACUCUUCGAUAAAUUAUCAAACGUACUAAAUUGUUAAGCAUUUAUAAAAGAAUUAU